CUGCCCGUCUCUGAACAUUUAAUUAUUGUACAUCCAACAGACACCGCGCUCAGAGCCGCCUCCGAGGUUUCACCUCAAACUGGCAGCUGCGACCAGCAUUCAACAGUUUGAAUGUUGGUGUAUUGAUACAGCGUUAUGUGUGAAAGGGGAGGUGAGAGGUGUUUGGCUCCUAAUCCUCUUAGCAGCAUUAUGCUGAGCCUCGUUCAAGCCCUGACAUGCGGUGCGCCCUUGUAGCUCUCCAAAACCCGGAGUCAGCAUCUCUGCGUCCAUACGCACAGCUGGAGGGACGGUCCGCAGCGGCGAGGAGUCUAGCAGCCGGCGGCACAGUCCUUCCACAGGUUGAAGCUGCCCGCUGUAAAAGAUGAAACACACUGUGUGUACGUGCGUGUGUCUCUUCCUUGUCAGCGGCGUCUUCUCGCCACAUAACGGUGCCGGAACAAUCAAGGAAUAGCAAUGCAUCUGACAUAACUUCCUGUUUGGAUUCGAGACCACGAGGGCAAUGAACGUGCACUCGCCUCCGAGGAGGAGACUCAGGCGCAGUCGCGUCCUCUUCUUCAUCUCAGGUGUGCUGCUGUGUUUCGUCUACACGCUGACUCUGAAGGCCAGGCUGUCACAGCCGCGAGCCUCCGCCCAGACGGAUGACACACUCGGAGCAGAGAGGGGUGAUGAUGAUGUCGUGGAGGUCAACAUUAGGGAGGUGAUGGCAUCCAAUGAGACAGCGGAGGAGGUUGUCUCAACUGGGGCCACCAAACCUCCUUUGGUGAUAAUCGUCAACAGUACAGAUAUCGAACAGUGCAUCUACGUAGAUCCUCAUCCUCCCAAACCUCCUCCAACUCCACCGCCACCAACCACAACAGCUGCCCCUGGUCCCCCACUCCAGCCCCCUCACAGGAAAGGGGAUUAUCCAGAAGACAUCUUCUCAGUGGAGCAGCGACGGCAAGGCUGGGUGGUCCUGCACGUCACAGGCAUGAUCUACAUGUUUGUCGCCCUGGCCAUUGUCUGCGAUGAGUUCUUUGUUCCUGGGCUGGAGGUCAUCACCAACAAGCUGGAGAUCUCCGACGAUGUGGCCGGGGCCACCUUCAUGGCUGCCGGAGGCUCUGCCCCCGAGCUCUUCACCUCCCUGAUCGGUGUCUUUAUCUCCCACAGCAACGUGGGCAUCGGCACCAUUGUGGGCUCAGCCGUCUUCAACAUCCUGUUUGUGAUCGGCAUGUGCGCCAUCUUCUCCCGGGAGAUGCUGCACCUGACCUGGUGGCCGCUAUUCAGAGACGUAACCUUCUACAUCCUGGACCUCGUCAUGCUCAUCGUCUUCUUCCUGGACAACAUGAUCCUGUGGUGGGAGAGCCUGUUGCUGCUGAUGGGCUACAUCAGCUACGUGAGCUUCAUGAAGUUCAACAGUCAGAUCGAGCAGGGGGUCAAGAGCCAGCUCAACAAGCACAUGAGUAUCGUCAAGGUGUGGACCGCAGAGGAGCCGGAGAAGGAGAGUGAGGCUCCACCAGCACCUCCUCCUUCUGCUGCUGCUCCUCCUGCUGCUCCCCCUGCAGCUCCCUCUGCUGCACCAAAAGCUGAAGAAAAAUCCAAACGAGAACCUGAACCUCUCCCGAGCAGCCCUCAACGCAUCAAAUCACCAUCAGAUCUACAAGAGGACAGAGCAAGACUCAGGGUGCGUCCCGUCCUGCAGCGAGGCGGCAGCUCGGCCUCCCUCCACAACACCUCGCUGAGGAGCACCAUCUUCCAGCUGAUGAUCCACACACUGGACCCUCUGGGAGAAGAAUCUGAGAUACAAAAGCCAAACGCUGAGCAGGCAGCUGCUGCCUCUGCUGCCGUUGCACCAGGGGGCGCUGCAGCAGCAGAGCCGUCCACCUCCCAGCCUCAAAAGACAGAAGAGAAGAGUGAGAAGGAGACCGACCAGCCAGAUGAGUCAAAGGCGGCAGCGGGGGGAUCAGAGGGCUCGGACGGCGGCGGUGAGGACGAGAGUGGUGACGAGGAGAGCAGUGACUCCAGUGAGAGCGAAGAAGAGGAGGAGGAGGAUGAUGAUGAUGAUGGAAAAAAGGAGGAAGAGGAAGAAGAGGAAGAGAAUGAACCGUUGUCUUUAGAGUGGCCUGAAACCAGACGCAAGCAGGCAACAUAUCUGUUCCUGCUGCCCAUUGUGUUUCCGUUGUGGCUCACGCUGCCUGACGUCCGCAACGUGGCGUCCAGGAGGUAUUUUGCUGUGACGUUUAUCGGCUCCAUCCUGUGGAUCGGAGUUUUCUCCUACCUGAUGGUGUGGUGGGCUCAUCAGGUGGGUGAGACUAUGGGCAUCUCAGAGGAAAUCAUGGGCCUGACCAUCCUUGCGGCUGGGACAUCCAUCCCUGACCUGAUCACCAGUGUGAUUGUGGCCCGGAAAGGUCUGGGGGACAUGGCUGUGUCUAGCUCAGUGGGCAGUAACAUUUUUGAUAUCACUGUCGGUCUGCCUGUGCCGUGGCUCAUUUACACUCUGUUGCACAACGGUGAGCCGGUAACGGUCAGCUCCAACGGCCUGUUCUGCGCCAUCGUGCUGCUCUUCCUCAUGCUCCUCUUCGUCAUCAUCUCCAUCGCCGCCUGUCGCUGGAAGAUGAGCCGAAAGUUGGGCCUCACCAUGUUCGUACUGUACUUUGUGUUCCUCGUCCUCAGCGUCAUGCUGGAGGACCGCAUCCUCAUCUGCCCCGUUUCCAUCUGAGCUGGGGGGCCGAGGCGGAGAGCGAACAGCACCGCUGCACAUGACUUAGUAGGUCCAGACAGGAUCAAUAAUGUACGUAGGAUAGUUGGAUAGCAGAACCGAGCCGAAUGUCAAAAGGCUGACCUGACGCACAGUAGAGACCCACGGUAGAAACACAUGACUAACCGAGCAGUGAUGUUAAAGGAAAAAUCCACCGUCAACAUAGUUUUACAUAAUUAGUGAAUGAUCUAUCACAUUUUCCAGCAGCUACUUUGUGAUAACGGUGUUGUAAUUUAAUGUCCAAACUCACUCCCUAUUACCAAACAGUGCACUGCAUUUACACACCGCCAUUUUAUUUGAGUGUCUGAAUAUGACAUUUUUUUCCCAUAAAUAGUGACCUAAACAAAUUCCACAAUAGAGGAAAUAAAGUGUUGUUCGUGAGAUAUCAUAUACACUGCUAACAUUUACAGUCGUGCAACGUCACACCAAAAUGUCAGGAAUCUCAAUUUACUGCCUACAGUAUAAUGAAUGUGAACAACGGAGGUAUUAGUGAGGGAGAAAGUGACUUCAUACACAAUCCUGAUGUGUAACAUUAUCCUUAACCUGCAUUCUCUACUUCAGUAAUUGGUUUCCUACAUUUCCCAGAAUGCAUUUAUGCAAUCCCUCGAGUCAAAGCUUAAUUGCACUCUGUGCUCAAAGUGUGCAGACACUGGUGUAAUCAGGUUUUUCUAGGUUUCAGAGUCGGUCUCAUAUCUCCAAAUCCAAGUAGUUGAGCAGAAAAGGCUGAUUUUACACAAAAUGUGUUUUGUUGUAUUUUGACAUCAUAUGUGUGGACCAUCAUUUUACCUGCAGUGCAUUUUUCACUGCACAUGUGCGUGAAGUAAUUAAUCCUUUUCUACACAUUUUCUACAAUUAAUUUCUCCUUGUAUGAUUAUUGAACUUUGGUGCUAAAUUGCACAUCUAGAAAGAAACCCUUGUUUUUCUUAUUUUGGGAGACUGACUCAGAAUCACAAACAAAACUGUACCAGAAAUGCAACAAACACAGUCCUUCACUACUGGCUGUGUUUUGGGGGUGGAGUUUUCCUUUAAUACUGUGAGCAUGUUGCUUAUGGAACAUCCCUGAGGUGACUUAAAUAGAUAAGUUAAUUAAAUAAAUAAUGUCCAUUAACAGCAGUGAAGGUUCAGAUUCACUGUGCAGCAAAAUCAAAACUACUUGAUGCAACUUCAGUUUUGUUUGUUCAGUAUUUUCUGAACUGUAUUCCUAAAAACUCUGUUCUGUAUUCAAUCAAACUAGUAUUUGUUCAUGUUCAGUGUAUAAAAAAAUGUUUUUUGUGCAAACACACAUUUCGUUUUGUCAACAAUAACUGUUGUGGAGAGAAACAAGUGAUUGUGUGUGUGUCAGGUAAAUGUGUAUCAGACUGUCUUAGCUUUGAGAAAAACCCGACAGGUGUCACGUUGUCAGAUGUUAACUUGUCUUGUUGCUGGAUUGAAGUGGAUGCAAACAUGUAUUGAUGAUAGGAAAACUUAUCAAUAUUUCAAAUUAAAAUUCCAUGCUGCAAUAAAUUAUUUUUUUAACAGUGAA